UGCACCUGCCGUAGUUCCAGCUUCCUGUUUUCAUUUGCCCCAGUUUGUCAUACGAUGAAGGCGUUCCUUGCACCUUAGUUCACUGCGAUUAGUAGUUUUAAACUUUAAAGGUCUAUCCAAACCCUACAAAAUGUCAUCCAAUAGUGGUAUUCAAAUCCCCAGCCGGCUGCCUUUGCUGUGCACUCAUGAUGGAGUGCUGUUACCGGGCUCGACCAUGAGAAUCAGCGUCGACACGGCGAGAAACAUGCAGUUAGUCAAGAGCAGACUGCUGAAGGGCACCUCGCUAAAAAGCACCAUCAUCGGGGUUAUACCUAACACCAGAGACCCCGAGCACGACAGCGAUGAGCUCCCGUCCUUACAUAGUAUUGGCACAGCAGGACUGGCAGUCCAGGUUGUGGGCAGCAACUGGCCAAAACCGCACUACACAUUGCUCAUUACGGGAUUGUGUCGUUUUCGUGUGACCCAGCUGCUGAGAGAGAGACCCUUCCCCGUGGCCGAGGUGGAACAGCUUGACAAACUGGAGCAGUACACAGAGGGAGAUCAGGCUGAUGGAGAGCUGGGGGAGCUGUCGCUGAGGUUCCAUCAGGCGGCUCUACAGCUGGUUGGGAUGUUGGACAUGUCAGUACCUGUGGUGGCUAAACUCAGGAGGCUGUUGGACAGUCUGCCCAGAGAAACCCUACCGGAUGUCCUGGCCUCCAUGAUCCGCACUUCCAACAAAGAGAAACUGCAGGUGCUAGAUGCAGUAGACUUGGAAGAACGGUUUAAGAAGGCUCUUCCUCUGCUCACCAGACAAAUCGAGGGGCUCAAGUUGCUGCAAAAGACCCGCAAACGCAGACCUGACGAUGACAAGAGAGUGUUGGCCAUCCGUAAAGGUGGUGUGUUCCCAGGCCGUCAGUUCUCGCUGGAUGAGGAGGCAGAGGAUGAAGAUGGAGAUGACACGGCUAUGCUGGAGAAGAAGGUGAAGGCAGCAGCUAUGCCGGAAGCAGCACUGCGUGUGUGUCUCAAGGAGCUAAAACGAUUAAAAAAGAUGCCACAGUCCAUGCCAGAGUAUGCCCUCACCCGCAACUAUCUGGAGAUGAUGGUAGAGCUUCCCUGGAGCAAGAGCACUACAGAUUGCCUGGACAUCCCUGCGGCGCGGGUGCUCUUGGAUAAUGAUCACUAUGCCAUGGAGAAGCUGAAGAGAAGGGUGCUGGAGUAUCUGGCAGUGCGGCAGCUCAAGAGCACCCUUAAGGGUCCCAUACUGUGUUUUGUGGGACCCCCUGGUGUGGGAAAGACCAGCGUUGGGCGUUCCAUUGCGCGCACUCUGGGUCGAGAGUUCCAUCGCAUCGCCUUAGGAGGAGUCUGUGAUCAGUCUGACAUCCGUGGCCACAGACGCACGUACGUGGGUAGCAUGCCUGGUCGCAUUAUAAAUGGACUGAAGACUGCUGGGGUAAACAAUCCUGUCUUUUUAUUGGACGAGGUGGACAAACUGGGGAAGAGCCUGCAGGGAGAUCCUGCUGCCGCCCUGCUGGAGGUUCUGGACCCGGAGCAGAACCACAGCUUCACCGACCAUUACCUCAACGUGCCGUUUGACCUCUCACAAGUCCUCUUCAUCGCCACAGCAAACACCACGGCCACCAUCCCCCCUGCCUUACUGGACAGAAUGGAGGUCCUCCAGGUGCCAGGAUACACCCAGGAGGAGAAGGUAGAAAUCGCCCAUCGGCACCUGAUCCCUCAUCAGCUGGAGCAGCACGGACUGACCCCACAACAGCUCCAGAUCCCACAGGACACCAUAAAGGAUAUCAUCAGCAAGUACACACGGGAGGCAGGCGUGCGCUCUUUGGAGAGGAAGAUCGGGGCCAUCUGUCGAGCGGUGGCUGUGAAGGUCGCUGAAGGUCAUAAGGUCUCUAGAGCAGAGUCCCCCACUGAACAACAUGCAGGUAAAACUGGGACUUCUUCAUCUCACACAUCAUUGUUGUUUACGGCUGGAAUUACACCAGCUCCCCCAGCUCUGCUUCAGUCGUAGACUCAGGAUUGAUGGUCGUAGCCUUUGGGCAAAGAUAAAACAGUCUGUUCCAGUGUGCUCUUUCCCCCACUGAACAACAUGCAGGUCUCGGAGCGACUGACCCUGCCAGGUGUGGCGAUCGGGCUGGCCUGGACUCCGAUGGGUGGAGAGAUCAUGUUUGUGGAGGCCAGUCGUAUGGAAGGAGAAGGUCAGCUGACUCUGACGGGACAGCUGGGCGAUGUCAUGAAGGAAUCGGCCCAUUUAGCCAUCAGCUGGCUCCGCAGCAAUGCCAAAACCUACCUCCUUACUACUGGCAGCGCUGAUCCUCUGGAGGGUACCGAUAUCCACUUGCACUUCCCAGCAGGUGCCGUUACCAAGGACGGACCCUCCGCCGGUGUUACAAUAGUAACGUGCCUGGCUUCGCUGUUGAGUGGGCGGCUGGUGCGCUCUGAUGUGGCCAUGACUGGAGAGAUCACUCUGAGAGGACUGGUGCUGCCGGUGGGAGGUAUAAAGGAUAAAGUCUUAGCAGCUCAUCGAGCCAAUCUGAAACGAGUUAUCGUCCCCAAGCGCAAUGAGAAAGAUCUGGAGGAGAUACCUGCCCAUGUGCGAGCUGACCUGGAUUUUGUUUUCGCCAGCACUCUGGAUGAAGUCCUGAAAGCGGCCUUUGAUGGCGGUUUUCCCACAGCUGUCAGUCAUCCACAAGUUGUCAGCAAACUCUGAGAUUGUAGCUGCUAGACAAACUCGUGAGCUUGAGACUUUGUUUUUCCUCAUAGGAAGCUAAACUCUAAGCACUGAAUACUAGCAAACCAGCUUUAUGCAAGCCGAUAUUAAUUUUCCUCUAAUUCGUUUAUGAUUUAAUUACAGAUGAUCCUUGUUGACAUAUUGUAGGAGUAUAGUUUUGUUCCUGUAGAACUUACAACAAAAGUUUAACUGACAAUUUUUCAGAUGUUGAUUCUGUAGAUAAUUAUACAAAUA